AUGUGGAACAGCAGGGCGAGUGCGGGGAAGGGCACGAGAGGCGGGGGAAGCAGGGAGGGUGGCGGGGAGCAGUGGAAGUAUUUCCUCUCAGCCAUGGCGUUCAACCGCGCGGCUGCUGCUGCCCCUGCUGCUGCUCGCUCUGCAGGCAGUGGUUCAGAGCGGUGCCAGGUGGCAGUGUUCGCCAUCUUCCAGUGGAUAGAGUACAUGCGGUAUGCGGGCACGGAGCAUAUCUACUGGUACGACUGCGCAGCCAGCGACGCAGAGAGCCAGGCGACCACCCUCUCAGUGUACACACGGGCAGGGCUGCUCACGUACCACCGCCUGCACCAGAUAGCGCCUCCCCCUGCUGGCGCUGACUACCACUUUGACCAGGACUCCUCGCUCUCGCACUUCCUGCAGCACCACCGGCACGAGUCCAAGUGGGUGGCCAUUGCUGACGUGGACGAGUACCUCUUCAUGCCGCGUGACACCCGCCCGGGCUUCCUCACUCGCCUCCUGCUGCGCCGCCCAUGCGCCACCCAACACCGCGCUCCUGGUGCUGCUGGCAGGGCAGGAGGACCAAGGAGAGAGGAGGGAGAGGCAGGGGAGGGGGAGGCGCAAGAGGCGACUCAGCCUCACCUCACCCUCCUGCAUUCCCCAACGCACCCCCCUCCCUCGUCAUCCCCUCAGGUGCUGCUAUACAAUCAGUUCUUCAUAGGCUACCCACGCCCCCCUCCUGCACGACUCACUAUAGAGCGAUUCAUCCACCGCCCACACCGCCCCCCCGACCACCACGACCGCCUGCGAGGGAAGAUGCUGCUGCAGCCCGCCGCUGCCAUCGGGUUCCUCUCCCACGCCCCCCACCGCGCCAUCAUGCACUCCGGAGAGACCAUAGUGGCUGAUCCUGGGUUCAUUCGUGUGAAUCACUAUUGGGGUGAUAGGGGGUUAUUGGCGAAUGCGAGUGAAAGGGAGAGGGAGGAGGUGGAGGAUGGGUCGGUGGAUGAUAGGAGCAUGCAGGAUAUAGCCGAUGUGAUCAAAACGAGGUUGAGAUGGGUGGAGCCGGUGCUGCCAGUGCUGUGCAAGAGGGUGGCUGUUGUUGGUGCUAUGUUGGAAGCUCAGCGGUUGGCAGAUGUGUUGCUGCAAGCUGUGCAGAUGGAAAAUGGAUGA